AACAAGCGAUAUGGCAUUCCCGCUCAUUUCCUUCGGAACUACCCAAAGUUUGCUCCUUCAAUACUUGGAUCAUCGCCUCUUACCUUGUCCCAUGUUGACGAAGAUAUUGGGCAUACUGUGGUACACUUCUUAUACACAGGCGGCUACGAGACGGUCAGCCCGCCUCUUGGCGGGGGCACGUCAGAUCUCGCUAGAGAGUACAAGAGGAGCGUUUUAGUCUACCAUGCAUCAAGGACUUGGGGUCUUACUGAUCUUGAAGACCUUGCCCAGCAAAAGAUGCAGCACUUUGAUGAGGAGCUUCCUCUUAUUGAAAUACUGCGGGUCAUGAGGGACGUUUUUCCAAGCCUCCCUGCGGGUGAAACUUGGCUUCUGGGUUACAUUCAAGGAAACUUGCAGCGACUACUAAGGCCUAAUGAUCCAGGGCUUGGUUUACGCGAAUUUUACGAUAUCAUCGGCCAAGACCAGCAGUUUGAUAAUGCGGUGAUGAAAUUGAUUAUCGAUAUACUAUCUACUCGCAUAUUUUCUAUGAAAGAUCAGCGCAUGAAGACACCGAACGGCAUUAUCUCGAAUGAAUCUCCUCUUCAAGGGCCUGCCUCCGAAGGGCCUGAGCCUGCGCCAGAAGAGACCGAGUCUUUCAUCAAUGAGCUUGAGCCCGUCCCAAAAGAGACUGAAUGUUUCCCUGAGCCUGCGCCAGAAGAGACCGAUUCUUUCAUCGAAGAGCCUAAGCCCGUCCCUGAAGAGACUGGAUGGUUCCCUGAGCCUGCUCCAGAAGAGACUGGUGCUGAAGGAGAUAGCGAACAGUGGACUAUUCCCCAAGUGCCUGCUCCUGCUGACGGCUGGCCGCGCGCUUCUUUGUUACCGGGGGUUACGCCUGACACCGAAAUACUACAAGAGGCUCCUGAUCAGGGCCACAUAGCGCGGGUUUCAUGCUCGGACUUAAAUCUGUAUGAAAAUUGGGGAAGCCUGUCUUCGAAGAGAAGAGCUAAAAGGGCUAGCAAGCUCAAGUCUAGAGGACUUCCUCUCCCAAGCGAGACUGGUUUCAUUUCAAUAGUUGCAGAUUGA